GCUUACUAACCAGUGGCAAGUUAAGUUGACAGUCCGAAAAAAGCUACAGCGAGGUGCGAUGGAGUGGGUGCGUGUCACCCUGAAUAUGAGCAACAGCAGCAACCCUUCUAGCGCAGCCAAUGGAAGCGUUUGGGAAGGGGUGGACCUACAUGAUUUCUACCGAGAGCGACUGACCGUCACCCAUCUACAGAAUCUGGUACUGGUCACCCUCUACGUGGUCACCUUCCUCCUCGCCACUUCAGCCAAUUCCAUGGCUCUCUUGGUAUUUUGGAGAUUCCAGCACAUGCGUUGCCUGUCCAAUUCCUUGCUGAUCACCCUGGCAGUGUCCGAUCUUCUCGUCUCCAUCGUCUGCAUGCCCAUGGCCAUCGGAUUUUACACCUACAAGUUGUGGAUCUUUGGGGAAGUCAUGUGUAAACUCGCUAACUAUCUGCAAGGUGUAGCGGUGGCGGCUAGCGUCUUCACCAUGACUGUGAUGAGCUUGGACCGAUACAUGGUGAUCUGCCAUCCUAUAGCAUUUCGGAAGCACCUCUAUCGGCGUCACGUGGGAUGGAGCAUCCUUCUGGUGUGGGUGCUGGCAUUGCUUCUCUUCGUCCCGGUGUUGAUCGUAAGAGAGACACACGGUGUCAUACUGCAUGCUGGAACAAGCCGCGAGCUGUCCUUCGUUUACUGCGUGGAGGACUGGUCCAGCGAUCGGGCUCGGGAGGGGUUUGCCUUUGCUACCUUCACCCUGGUCUUCGUGCUGCCCGGAGCUACCAUGGCCGCUGCCUACUGUAGAAUUGGAGUCCGGCUCUGCGGAGGUAACACAGGCCUCAACCGGUCAGAAGGACAUGCGGGAAAACAGUGUGUGACUUUCCGCAUCCAGAAUAUAAUGGAACGCCGGAAGCUGGUGGCCAAGCGAUUCCUCAUCUUGACCACAGUGUUCGCCAUCUGCUGGGUGCCCUACAACAUCGCCACUCUCCUCCUGGAUUUCCAAGUGAAUGGUAAUAUGGACGCCCACCUAUCCAUGUUCCUGCCCUUCGGCCUAUACCUAGGUCACGUGAAUAGUGCCAUUAAUCCCCUCCUCUACUGCUGGGUGAACAAGCGAUUCCGGAAGUGCGUGGCCCUCACCUUCCGGUGCGGAAAAACUCGUGAUGCUGUUUGGGAUCGAAGAAAUGUGUUUCAAUGUCAGGAGUAUCCCAUGACAGUUGCAGCCAGUCUGAGAUCCUCGUCGCUUGUCUGGAAGAAGUCUUUGCGCAAGAAGGAUUCGCAGACUCUCAGGGAAAGAACAAGAUCCAUCAAAGAUGGCGCGGCAACCAGUGCCACUCUUAACUCUGGAGUAUCUUCCAAAGACUAG